AUGCAAACACCAGUGCCCAACACUGACUUUUGUUUAGUACGGAUUGGUGGCAAAUUAAUGUGUGUUCCCCACAACACGGUGAUAACCUCUCUUCAGAAUUUGUUACUUCAAAAUUCGCAAGCUAAAACAGCGACAUUAUAUGGUCUUAAAUCGGCACAAAUUCAAACCCUUUUUGACUCCUUUUACACCUCAACAUUACAACACUUUCCUCCACAAAUGCAGAUCUAUUUUGGCUACCGCUUUUUAGCACUCCAUUCCCCGGAAGAGAAGCGCAUUGGGAUAUUAACACUCUCGAAGAACAUUCCCGCCUUCAAUUCAGCACAUUUAGCAGACUUCGAGCGUAUCUUUGACAACGACAUCAACGACUGGAUGAUCUGCGACGCGCUCGCAAAUAAAGUCGUCACGCAACUUCUGCGCUCGCACGACGACGUCGCGGCGCGAGUCUUCACGUGGAAGGAUUCCGGGAAGAUCUGGCGGAUGCGUGCGUGUUGUGUGAUCUACGUCAACUUUGCGAACACGGAGGAAGAGAAGUGUUUCUCGAUAUCGUCGACGUGUGUGAAGUCGAGUGAGCGGUUUGUACAACUAGGCGUUGGGUGUUUAUUACGGGAGAUGUCAUUGAACUCGACGGAAGCUGUUGUGAAGUUCAUCUAUGAGAAUUACAGGUACUUCACUCGUGAGGGGCUCCGUUACUCGAUCGACAAACUCGACAUCGCGACGCGGAAGAUGAUACUUGGGAUAGGGAAAGGGCGGAAUUCUGGAAAUGGGAUGAAGACGCCGGACCAAGCCUCCUCACCAAAAUUAGAAGAAAAGAAGGAGAAGAGUGAGAAAGAGAAAGUCGACAAAGGAGAUGAUAAAAAGACUAAAAAGGAGAAGAAGGAGAAAACAGAGAAGACGACUUCUGCUUUGUAUGAGAGACAAAAAGACCAAUUUACUAUGCCUUUGGAGAGUAACGGAAUGUAUGCAGGACAAAUCCAGACUAUGCCAAUGCAAAGCGUCAAUAUCCAAAAUAUGCAGGGAAUGCAGCAACAAAAUAUCAAUCAACAGAUACAACAAGUCGACGACCAGCUGAAGACACAGAUACUACAAAUGGACUACUUGCCCGGUGUACAAAAUGAGGUGUAUCAGGUCGUGCUACCAAAUGGACAAAUCAGUUACGUGCAACACCCGAGAAUGGUGAUGCCGGCAAAUUACCAACAAUAUUAUGAGUUGCAAGGGUUCACACAAGACGGAUAUUCACAGAAUCAAUAA